CUUACGUUCCGACACAACCUCGCAGAGAAGAUGAGACGCUGAACGGAGCUCGCUCUGCACUUCGUUCUUCUUCCUUCUCUUCUUCACAAGCCCCUCCCUUCCCUUCGCUUCGCUCUUCAGCCAUGAAUUUCGCUCUCUUCCACACCCCCAACACGCCCCACGCACGCCUUCGCAUGCCCACCGCCGCCGCCGCCAGCAGCGGCGGCGGCAGCAGCCACAAGCUGCUCUUCCACACCCCUCCUCCCGCCGCUCUCUUCAAUCCGCUCCGGCGUGACGAUUCUCCUCCGCCGCCGCCGCCGCCGCCGCCGUGCCUCUCCCGGCCCAUCGCCCCGCGGCCCGUCGUGGCCCUCUGCGCCAAGAAGAAGGUGUCGCAAGGGAUGAAGGAGCAGAAGUGGACCCACGAGGGGGUCAUCGUCGAGUCGCUGCCCAACGGCAUGUUCCGCGUCCGCCUGGACAACGAGGACGUGAUUCUCGGGUACAUCUCCGGGAAGAUCAGGAAGAAUUUCAUCCGGAUGUUGCCCGGGGAUAAGGUCAAGAUCGAGGUGAGCCGCUACGACUCCACCCGAGGGCGCAUCAUCUACCGGCUCCGCAACAAGGAUUCCGGUGAUUAGUGGCGGGUGCUCACUAACGAGUCUGCAUCAGACGCGUUGAUGAAAUGAAGUAGGACUAAUGGAGAACUUGCUGCAAUAGUUCUAUCUAUUUUCUAGUGUCAUGAACUCAAAAUCAUAUAGCAGCAUCGAUAAAUCAUUACAGUGGUAAGUGUGGAUGGAUACAAGAGGAUAUGCUAAUAUAUUGAGCUCUAAACUUCAUCAUUGUGCUUGUAUAUGACACUACUCAGAAGGGAAAUCUUAUUAGCUCCUACUUUGUAUAGUAAAAUAAUUUUAUCACGGGAACAAUCUUGUUGCAUCUCUGGGUGUACAGAAGUGGAGAGGACAAUCUUUAAAAAGACGGUCGAGUUCUUCAAUCUUGCCUCUUCUCCUGUGUGGGCGGCUUACCAUUGCUAAAUUUGAAGAAAAUAUGGCCCUGCCAUGCUAGAAAAAGUUAACUGGCGGAACUGCAAUCGCACAGUUCAUGUGAAGAUCUAGGUCGCAUGAUUUGCAGCAAAAGGGCCAACCGUUAUACCCUUGCCGAGCAUCGCACUAGUGAGAGGCCUGGCACCACUCGAAGGAGAGGUUGCUUUAAUUGACAGGGAUGUUGUAUCUGUAAAGGCAAUUCAGGACACGACUUGUGGAGGAAAAGUUUGCAUUCUUCGCAGCAGUGCGUGGAACCCCGGAUUUCCAUUUUGCACAUUGAACAAUCUGGACAUUUCAUGGAAUUGCAAUAUCUACUAUACAA